AUGUUCGCAACCAAAGUUGUGUAUCUUAUUUUUUCACUGAUCGCUAUUGCAAGGUCUGUUAUCGUGGUAACAAACCAGUCCGAAUACGACGCCUGGUCUGACGCACUACCUGACGAAACUUAUCAUCAACUAGUCGAACCGAAUUCUGCUUCCCAGAAUGCGACGGUUCAAGCCAUUACUAAUGAUGGGGAGGUGUACGCUACCUUUACACUUACUUUAAAUGGAACGGCAAGCCAGUGGUAUGAAGAAGUUACAGCUCGUUGGAUCGCAAUGGAAGAAGCGGUCGCAGCUGGGGAGAAUGCGUGUCCGUUACAAGUGGGUUACAAUGAACAGGAUUGCUCUACACUAGACAGUAACGGUACAAGCACACUUAGCAAUCUCUACUCUACAAGCACACUUAGCAAGCGCUAUUCCAUUAUCAACAACUGUGGUUGGUGGUGUGGCAACUCGCCUCAGUGUUCAGGACUCACUACUAAGUGUCAUAAAUGCAAGUCUCUUCGUCAGGGAUGGCGCAAACAUUGUUUAUUAUCAUGGUAA